AUGCUGGCUCCUCAUUUCAGCAAGGGACACACUUUGUAUGUGGACAAUUGUUACAGCAGUCCCACACUAUUCCAGAAUCUGCUCUCCAACAGCACAGGGGCCUGUGGCACAGUCAGAUCAAACAGGAAGGGGAUGCCGGCAUUCGGAUGUAGGAAGAUGCAGAGAGGGGAGGCGGAGUUCAAGGAGAACGGUCAACAGCUGGCAAUAAAGUGGCAUGACAAACGAGAUGUCCAUGUCCUCUCCACUGUCCAUAUAGCAAUCAUGUCGGCCACAGGGAAUGUGGACCACCUGACGGGAGAGAGAAAAAUCAAACCAGAUUACCUCAAAAUGGGGGCAGUGGAUAAGGCAGACAUGAUAAACAGCUUUAUGGAAUGCACUCAGGAAAUGACCAAGUGUACUCCCCCUCUAGGGGCGCCGACGUCCCACAUGGGCGAACCGGCCGAGACAUGGGUGCUGGGCAAGCCGGUUGGGGCGUGGAAGCCCAACGAACCGGCAGGAGUCCGCCGAUCCAACCGAGGCAAGGAAACCUCUCGAGCCAGCCAGGGCGUGAAAGCCCGACGGGCUGGCUUAGGCACCUCCGAUUCCAUCGGCGGUGGAAUACACCCCGACGUCACCAACAAAACAAAAAACAAACAAAAAAACCUCCUGGACCAGCUGGGCGAACAAGAACUGACGAUCCAGCUGAUGCCCAACGCUGCCUUCGAUACUGUGAACCAUCAGAUCCUCCUCUCCACCCUCUCCGAGUUGGGCAUUUCCGGCGCGGCCCACGCUUGGAUUGCGUCCUACCUGACAUGCCGCUCCUACCAGGUGGCGAAUCGCAUCUCUGCAUGUCUGGCAGACAUAUCAGUGUGGAUGACGGAUCACCACCUCAAGCUGAACCUCGGCAAGACGGAGCUGCUCUUCCUCCCGGGGAAGGACUGCCCGUUCCAUGAUCUCGCCAUCACGGUUGACAACUCCAUUGUGUCCUCCUCCCAGAGCGCCAAGAACCUUGGCGUGAUCCUGGACAACACCCUGUCGUUCUCAACCAACAUCAAGGCGGUGGCCCGUUCCUGUAGGUUCAUGCUCUACAACAUCCGCAGAGUACGACCCUGCCUCACACAGGAAGCGGCGCAGGUCCUAAUCCAGGCACUUGUCAUCUCCCGUCUGGAUUACUGCAACUCGCUGUUGGCUGGGCUCCCUGCCUGUGCCAUUAAACCCCUUCAACUCAUCCAGAACGCCGCAGCCCGUCUGGUGUUCAACCUUCCCAAGUUCUCUCAUGUCACCCCGCUCCUCCGUUCUCUCCACUGGCUUCCAGUUGAAGCUCGCAUCCGCUACAAGACCAUGGUGCUUGCCUACGGAGCUGUGAGGGGAACGGCACCUCAGUACCUCCAGGCUCUGAUCAGGCCCUACACCCAAACAAGGGCACUGCGUUCAUCCACCUCUGGCCUGCUCGCCUCCCUACCACUGAGGAAGUACAGCUCCCGCUCAGCCCAGUCAAAACUGUUCGCUGCGCUGGCCCCCCAAUGGUGGAACAAACUCCCUCACGACGCCAGGACAGCGGAGUCAAUCACCACCUUCCGGAGACACCUGAAACCCCACCUCUUUAAGGAAUACCUAGGAUAG